CUAUGAAAACAAACAAAGAUGGCGGGGCCUGGAGUUGGGCAGCAGGGCCUGAGGGGCUGCGCUUGACAGGGCGGCCAUCACACCGUGCUGGGAGAGAAGGCCCAGAGACGCAAUCCACCCCCUCGAAGCGCCCAGCUCCUCCUGAGGAGACGGGCCAGGCCCAGGCCCCGCGCCCCCGGGGAUGCCAGCCCGCAGCCCCUCUCAGACUCCUGUAUGCCAUGGACACGGACCUCAGUUCCCAGGACAGGAAGGACCUGGACAAAUUCAUCAAAUUUUUUGCCCUGAAGACUGUCCAAGUCAUCGUUCAGGCUCGGCUUGGAGAAAAAAUCUGUACUCGUUCGUCCUCCUCCCCAACGGGCUCCGACUGGUUCAAUUUGGCAAUUAAGGAUAUACCAGAGGUCACUCAUGAAGCAAAGAAGGCAUUGGCGGGGCAGCUGCCUGCCGUUGGGAGGUCAAUGUGUGUGGAGAUCUCGCUCAAAACUUCAGAGGGAGAUUCCAUGGAGCUAGAAAUUUGGUGUCUAGAAAUGAAUGAAAAGUGUGACAAAGAGAUCAAAGUUUCCUACACCGUGUACAACAGGCUGUCCCUGUUGCUGAAAUCUUUGCUGGCUAUAACCCGAGUGACCCCAGCCUACAGACUGUCCAGGAAACAGGGCCACGAGUAUGUCAUACUCUACAGGAUAUACUUCGGGGAAGUGCAACUGAGUGGACUGGGAGAAGGCUUCCAGACAGUUCGUGUUGGGACAGUGGGCACUCCCGUGGGAACCAUCACUCUGUCUUGUGCCUAUAGAAUUAACCUGGCCUUCAUGUCCACCAGGCAGUUUGAGAGGACUCCACCUAUCAUGGGGAUUAUCAUUGAUCACUUUGUGGACCACCCCUAUCCCAGCUCCUCGCCCAUGCAUCCUUGCAACUACAGAGCAGUUGGUGAGGAGACUGGAGUAACGUACCCAUCUGUGGAAGAUUCUCAAGAAGUGUGCACCACCUCUUUCUCCACCUCCCCUCCAUCUCAGUGUGUGUUUACUGUCACCCAGGCACACUUUCAGACCCCUUCUCCUCUGGUGACGGACACAUUGAGGGUCCCCAUGGCAGGAUUGGCCUUUUCACACCAACUCUCAAGCUCUCGCCUUUCCUAUCAGCCUGCUGCUCUCGGAGUUGGAUCGGCUGAUCUGGCUUAUCCUUUAGUGUUUGCUGCCGGGUUGAAUGCUGCACACCCUCACCAGUUGGUGGUGCCCGGAAAGGAUGGUGGGGUGCCCCCGGCCCCCAGCCAGCCUGCCCACGGUGCCCAGGCUGACCAGGAGAGGAUGACAACCUGCACCCCUUCAGACGGUGCCCACUACGCUGCGGUCACUCCUUCCAGCAGCGAGGACACAGAAACCGUCUCGAACAGCAGCGAAGGCCGGGCCUCCCCCCAUGAUGUCCUGGAGGCCAUCUUUGUCCGGAAAGUGGGGGCUUUUGUCAACAAACCCAUCAACCAGGUGACCGUGGCCAGUUUGGAUAUCCCGUUUGCCAUGUUUGCUCCGAAGAGCUUGGAGUUGGAGGACACUGACCCCAUGGUGAACCCUCCCGAUUCCCCGGGCACGGACUCUCCUCUCCAGGGCAGCUUGCACUCAGAGGGCUCCAGCGGCGGGAGCAGCGGCAACGCUCACGACGACUUUGUCAUGGUCGAUUUUCCGGCCUUUUCGAAAGAUGACAUUCUCCCAAUGGACCUAGGAACUUUCUACCGGGAGUUUCAGAACCCCCCUCAGCUGAGCAGCCUCUCCAUCGACAUCGGCGCUCAAUCCAUGGCCGAGGAUCUGGACUCCCUCCCAGAGAAACUGGCCGUGCACGAGAAGAACGUCAAAGAGUUCGACGCUUUCGUGGAGACCUUACAGUAAAGUCAGCCCCCCCGUAGCAGCAGCCCUUCUGUCAGACCCCCCGCCGCCGGACAGAGACCGGCACGCCUGACUCCCCUCUCGCCCUCCCUCUCCCUCCGGGGAGAUGGGGCCACCCCCACACCACCCAAGAGGGUGGCGGGGUGACAGGAGGGGGUGGCAUUCCUGAAAUGCGGUUGUAAAUAGAAACUAGGAAUCCUGUUUCUCUAGGGUCGGGUCACUAGGCAUCUCAGACCAAGGUUCUUUCCUCUCUCUUGGUUUCUCCCCUCCGUGCAACCGUUGCUGCUCUGGUUAUAGAUAAGAGUAAAACAGUAAAUAUUUAUUGCUUUAAAAGAGAUAAGAUAUUUUAAAAAAGACGUAUUUGGCGUUGGAUAUUUUCACUGGACGGGAGGGGGUGGGGGGUCCUGGGAAGGGCUCGAGGAAGGCCUCCCUGCGUCAGCCAGAUGCAGGGGUGGGGCUGGCUUUCGGUGAAGCUGGUGACUGCGCUUUGGCCAAUUGGGGAUCGGCUUAUUUCUGAGUCCCUGGAAUGUCCCCUCCCCUUCAUCCAGCUGAUUUACGAGAGGCUGACAAGAUCCAGGUUUUCUUUCCCAGUCCUUUUUACACUAACAGCAUGGCGGUGCUGAAAGGCCGGUGGUGGCAGGGAGGGUGGGCUUGAGCAGGCUCAGGGGCAUCCCCUUCCCUCCCCUCCCUCCCCUUGAACAAUGUGGCAGACCCUCCUCGAGUGUCUGAAGGUACAUUCCUAUCCUCCACCUGCCUGGGAAAGGGCCUGGACAAACCCCAGGUCCGGAGCUGCAGCUGGAGCUUCCUCUUCCCCUCCCUCGCAGCCCCCAUCCCUGUUUCCCUCUGAGUCCGGAGAACAGCAUGGCUGGCAUGCGGUGGGUUGAAGCCUUCUGGUUUUGCUACUGCUGCUGGAACGGGUUCUGAGGCAGCCACCACAGCCAAUCCCACCCAACUGAAUUGUACGGUAUUUUGCACAGGGUGGACAUCGGCUACAUUACCCCUCCUCCACCGGCUCCCAUCUGUCUCCUCUGCUUCCCCUCCCUCUCUGUAAAUCAAAGCCAGGUUUGAGGCCCAGGCCCCACCGGAGCUAGCUGAUGCCGUCUCACCUGCCCGUUGGCCGCAUGCGACCGCUCCGACAGGUGCCUUACCCUGCUGGGCUCCGUUCCCUGGGUAUCGCUCUGUCUUCCCAAAAACCCCCGUUGGGGCUGAGCCUUGUGCUCUGGUUAGCGCCUGCCUGCCUUGCAUUGCUGUGCCCGAUCUCUGCUGCGGCAGGGACUAAAACAGCCAUUCCCAAAGGUGGUGCCUGAGGUGGAGAAGAAUGAGUGGAUCAGCCAGCCAUUUCCCCCCUUUUCCGGCCCUCUUCCGUUCCACAGCUCACCGCGGGAGGCUGGGCCGACUCCAGGCUAUCCCAGGAAUUCUGGAUCUGAUCCUGGAGACAAUUUAGGUCAGAGGGCUCAUGGGGUGCACUUAAGAUUCCUCAUGGGUGUUUUGGUCCAACUGAAAGGCCUCACCUGCCCCCUAAUUACCCUGCUCUCCCAGAGUCUGCCAGCCAAGGUUUGCUAACGCAUCUGGAGAAUGGGAGGAGUCGGGUGGUGGUGGGGCUGCAUUCUCCUGCAAUUUCUCCCCAGGAUGUCCCCUGCUACAGACAUCCUCCCAUCCCUCCCCUUUGUCUCCACCCUGAAAGGCUGUGGUAUCCACAUACCUUUUCUGGUGGACCGCUGCCCACGAUGGUUCUCGGGUGCUUCGCCGAGCGCCGGGGCCUCCUCUCCGCCUAGGGCACGACGUCCGAGGCUGGAACUCGUUCGGUUCUGGCCGAGUGUUGAGCUUCGGGCCAUCAUCCCUGUCAGGGGCCAAGCUGCCAGGGCCGGAGACGGAGCGGGGUCCCCUUCAGUCCCCAAGGAAGGGAGAGAUUUGGGCGGGACCAGAAACCGGGACUAUCCGUGCUGUGGAGCCAAAACCCAGCCCCUCUCCUGCAUUUUGAAAACGUCCUGAGCUGUAUUAUAAACUGUAUUCUCGAAGAAUUUCCAAUAAAAUUUUUCUCUAUGCACUAA